GGGUCUCUUUUUUUUCUUAGAAGGGUCCCCAUCAACCAGCAAAAUUUCGCCCAAAAGUAGACAAGAGGACCGCCCUGCGCUGACCAGGUUAGUCGGCAGGAAGCGACUGAUCGCUGCAGGGGUGCUAGGAGUCGUCAUGGUCCUGGUGCUGGUGAUCCUAAUCCCGGUCUUGGUCAACUCAGCUGGAACUUCGGCGCACUAUGAGAUGCUUGGCACCUGCAGGAUGGUGUGCGAUCCAUACGGCACCAAGUCUCCGACAAGCACGGCAGCUGCAGACACCGUACGAGACAACAACCUCAUGCAGUCUUUACCUACUUUUAUACAAGGUCCGAAAGGGGAACCGGGGCGGCCGGGAAAGGUGGGACCUCGGGGUCCACCUGGUGAACCGGGACCACCUGGUCCACCAGGUCCACCCGGAGAAAAGGGAGAUCCGGGGCGCCCCGGAAUACCUGGGCCACCAGGACCGAAUGUCGCGGCGGGGGCGAUCAGCGCAGCGACUUACAGUACUGUUCCAAAAAUCGCCUUUUACGCAGGCCUUAAGAAGCAACACGAGGGCUAUGAGGUGUUAAAAUUCGACGACGUGGUCACGAACCUGGGCAACCAUUACGAUCCAACAACUGGAAAAUUCACCUGUUCUAUUCCGGGAAUAUAUUUCUUCACCUAUCAUGUACUGAUGCGCGGCGGGGAUGGCACCAGCAUGUGGGCAGACCUUUGUAAGAACACACAGGUGCGAGCCAGUGCCAUCGCUCAAGAUGCUGAUCAGAACUAUGACUACGCCAGCAACAGUGCCGUCCUUCACUUGGAGCCGGGGGAUGAGGUCUACGUUAAACUGGAUGGCGGCAAGGCCCAUGGAGGCAACAAUAAUAAAUACAGCACCUUCUCCGGUUUCAUCAUCUACGCUGAUUAAGAGACGUGUCACAUGCUUCAGCCCCCCAUGGACCUCUAUCUCCCCCUCCCCUCCUCUCUUUCAGUUUCCCCCUCUUUCUGUCUUUCUCUCCCUUGGCCUAUAGCCCCACUACCACCCCUUCCACUAUGCAGUGGAGUUAGUGAGCAGGGGUGGGUGGGGCAGAGCAUCCUCAGGCGGACAGAAAAGCUAUGAGAGUUGAGGGCGGGACAGAAGCAUUCUACUCGAGGGGCUCAUAGUCGCACUGUUUAUAUUGGGGAGAACAUAUCUACCGGCAGAAAUGUCAAAACAAGUGUUUGCAAGUCAAGCAGAUAUUGUUGGCCGUCAGUCACCAAAACAAGUCAAUGGUGAGUGAACAGGCCUCUCUGAUCCUGUAGAUGAAUUGACAAAAAAAUGAACCAGAAUUACCAUUUUUUUUAAUCAUAUAUGAGUCUAAAAUUAAUAUGUGCAAUAAUGUUGACAGUGAAGGCAACCAUAACUUGAAUAUACCCAUUAUUUGUCAUAACAGGAUAUGAUGUUUUCACACCUGGCAACUCUGACAUCGUUCUGAGGAGUUUGAGGAGACUCCUAUGUAACCUUUCAAACAUUAAAUAUUAGUGAACCUCAACAAUAGGCUGCUCAUUAUAGAUGAGGUUACUAUUGAUUCUGUCCUUUUUCUCCUUUUAUUUUUUAUUGAAAAUAUUUUAAACCAACAUUUUGAAAGCUACGAAGAGGAAUUUGUUCAACACAAUUGGAACACUAAUGAAAUAGCUACUAAUACAUGCUGUUAAUACAUCUGUAUUAUGAAUAUGUGCCAUUGGGAUGGGCCCCUAAAAGAGAAUAAUUAUAGUAUUGUAUACUUGGGAAAAACAAAUCAACACAGUACAUCACAAUCAGAUGUGUCUGUGUUGCCAGGUGUUAAAGCACAACCAUCAUUUUCCCUGUUUUACCUGCAGUAGACCUACAGUAUCUAGUUCAGAAUGUACUGAAAGUUCCAAUCCCCUUUUUGGGGUAAAGACCAAGUCCUCGUGCCCCCUUUGCCACCAACAUAUCUACGCUAUACAAUGGGAAAAAACAGUUCAAGUGAUCUUGAAAGCCCUAUGCAGAAACUGAGUGCUUGGAUAUGUAAAUGUGUAUGUAUCUUACUGAGAGUUGAAGAAUUACAGUGACUGUUGAUAUUGCUACUUAUUUUAUAUGUAAAUAGUGUAGUGAUUAUUUUUCUCUCCCCUUCAAUGUACAAAUGUUCAAAGAGCACAGUGCUACAGCAAUGUAUGUAGAGUAUAUUACGCUAUAAUAA